CCCCUCCAUACCUACGUAACUACCUUUACCUACCUACCUACCUCUAGACACAUGACCUUGUAGACACCCUCCAGAAGAACAAUUCCGACUUCCCGACCGCGAUAUACCGGACCAACCCUCGCGUCCCGCCAUGUCUAUCAAAGCCCCCGCACCCGAGCAGCAUGAUGGCAGCGCCCUGCGCAUUGGCAUCGUGCACGCCCGGUGGAACAAGACCAUCAUCGAGCCGCUGCUGGAGGGGACCAAGGCCAAGCUGCUCGCCUGCGGUGUGAAGGAGUCCAACAUCGUCGUGCAGUCCGUCCCCGGCUCCUGGGAGCUGCCAAUUGCCGUCCAACGACUCUACUCCGCCUCCCAAGUCCAAUCCUCCUCCUCCGGCGGCGGCACAGCCGGCGACCUCCUGGGCAGCUCGACCACGGACCUGACCUCCCUGGCAACGACCACCCCGGCCGGCGGCGCCUUCGACGCCAUCGUCGCCAUCGGCGUGCUGAUCAAGGGCGAGACGAUGCACUUCGAGUACAUCGCCGACAGCGUCUCCCACGGCCUCAUGCGCGUCUCCCUCGACACGGGCGUCCCCGUCAUCUUCGGCAUCCUCACCGUCCUCUCCGAGGACCAGGCCCUCUCCCGCGCCGGCGUACUCGUGGGGGGCCACAACCACGGCGAGGAUUGGGGUCUCGCCGCCGUCGAGAUGGGCCAGAAGAGGAAGGCUUGGGCUGUGGGGAAGAUGGACUAAGAUGAGUCUCCAAGAUAUGUCAGUGGUCGCUGUUAUGUGCAUGACAGAGGAGAGUUUUGAGGGUUGGGGGUGAAGGCGUAGUCAGCCCCCAGUUAAGGUUGGGUAAAAUCUUGAAUAUCAAGCUCUCUCAUAUGCAUUGCAAAGUCCGCGACGAUUCAUAUUGAAUCAUGUCCGAAAGAUGGGAGAGGUCAAUCGCUCGUAACGUGCACUUGCAUCCCUUGGGGAUAGCCGACAAGAGGCCAGGUCAGAACAGCACGGGAGGCAAGCAUGGACAUACAUCAUCACCACAUGCACCAUAACAAGUUCUCUAGAUAUCUCAAGUGUGUUUGCCUAAAAUUUUGGGGCCAAGUUAGGAUUAGUUAAUUACUGCAUCGAGGAGGUUGAUAUGUCUAUCAUGAAUCGUUCCCGUAGGGAGCCAAAAGAGAAAACAAACAGGAAUUAAUAAAAAG